UCGUAAAAAAUCACGGGCGUUGCAUUGUGUGCACCGGAACGUCGCUGCCGUGGUCAACUAACCCUGCGUGCAGCAUCCCGCAGAGAGAAUGCGCUCCAGAAUGCCGGACCUCAUCCCAAAAUCCUGAAUCAACCUGCACGCAGGGAGGACUUUUUUGACAGCUACAACUCCUCAAGUAGGAGUAGGAGGAGAGAGAAAGCGUGGCAGAGGAACGGAGAGAAAGACGAGUCCGAGAGAGAGAUGAUGCAGAAGUGGUUGGCAAUAUAGGUCUUUGACCAACGACCUAGAAGACAACAAAAACAAUGUCCUACUUUAAUCAUUUCAGUAUAGUGAGGGCUAUGAAACAGAGACCAGAGGCCAUGGCCAUGUCUCAGAGAGGCCAGCAGGACAACGGUCUGACUCAGGUGUUGGCUGAUGUGUUAGCGGAGGUGAGGCUCUCUAUCAGCAGAGACAUUAGUGGUGCAGACCUGCUUCACAGCCUGCUCAGUGCACCCUGGCUUCGGUCGCUACUUAGGGUAUAUGAGUGCCUGUUGCAGCAGAAGAAUGCAAAGUGUGUGUUAACCCCUUACUUGCCUUACUCAUCCGGUCUCUCCCAGGAGGUGAUGGCCAAUUUAAGAGAGGUCACCACCCCUACACCAGAGAUUCUGGAGCUUUACCGCCUACUGGAGAAGCCUCACGUCCAGGCCCUGUUGCUCACUCACGACACGGUGGCCAAGAAGGACUAUGAUCCUGUGCUGCCCCCUGUCCCUGCCGACCUGCCUAGCGAUGAGGAGGCCAUGAGGAUUGUGUGUAUGGUCAAGAACAAGCAGCCCCUGGGAGCCACUAUCAAGAAGGACCUGAAGACCAAGGAAAUCCUCGUGGCCAGAGUCAUCCAUGGAGGCCUAGCUGACCGCAGUGGUCUCCUGAACCCAGGUGAUAAGCUGGUUGAGGUGAAUGGGAGGCCUAUGAGGGGACUGGAGCCAGAACAGGUCAUCCAGAUCCUGACGAACUCACGAGGAACUAUAAUGUUCAAAGUCAUCCCCAACUUAACUCAGCCAGACAACCAGCAAGCCACGGUGUUUGUGCGGGCUAUGGCAGACUAUGCUCCUGCUCUUGACCGCACUAUUCCGUGUCCGGAUGCAGGGAUGGCUUUCCAUAAGGGAGAGCUGCUGGAGAUCGUGGACCAGACCGACGCCCUCUGGUGGCAGGCCAGGAAACUGGACAGCUCAGCCGCCUGCGCAGGACUCAUACCGUCCACUAAUUCUCUCAAGAAGAGACUGAGGGAGGUGUGGUUCUCUGAGCCACCUCAAGGACACUCCUGCAUCAAACCCUUGGACUCGUUUGAUGACGACGAUGACGACGACUUAGGGGUCAUUGAUCUCAAGUUUGACGACACAGAUGAGGACGCUGUUGAAACUGACGAGCUCUCAGAAGAGGAGGCUGAGAAUGACUACACAAGGGAUGGUAUUUACAUAGCUGGGUUCCGGCGCAGCAUUCGCUUGUGGAGGCGGAGGACUCAGAGCAAGCGGCGUCAGUCGUGUCACUCAUGUUGCCCUACUAACAGCCAUGGCUCGCUAGCCAAUCCCUACGAAGAGGUGGUCACCUUUCAGAGGAACCCCGAAGACCCACCCCGCCUCAUUGCCCUGAUAGGUCCAUCUGGAGUAGGAGUGAAUGAGCUGCGUAAACGGAUCAUCAAAAUCAACCCCAUGAAGUUUCAAGGGGCUGUUCCUCACACAACUCGACCCCUGAAGCGGUCAGAAGAGGCUGGGAGAGAGUAUCACUUCAUCAGCAGGGAGCUGUUUGAGUACAUGGCCUGCAACCACAGGUUUCUGGAGUACGGAGAGUACAAAGGUCAUUUCUAUGGUACCAGUGUGGACGCCAUCAAGGAGGUGAUUGACAGCGGGAAAGUGUGUGUCAUCGACAUCGAGCCACAUAGUAUCCCGUCCAUCAGGACCAAGCGGUUGCAGCCCUUCAUCAUCUUCGUCCGGCCUCCUAGUCUUGAGCGCCUGAGACAGACGAGGAGGAGCGCCAAGAUCUUCACCCUCUACCAGAUGGAGCGCAGCUUCAGGGAUGAGGACUUCCGUGAGAUGGAGCAGACAUCGGGGCGUUUGGAGACGCUGUACGGUCACUACUUUGACCGUGUGCUGGUGAACGAGGACCUGCGAGAGACCUGCCUCCAGCUCUUCAACCUGAUCCAGCAUGCUCAGGAGGACCAACAGUGGGUUCCUACAGCCUGGACACUACCUGACGAACCCUAACGGCCUGGACACUACCUGACGAACCCUAACGGCCUGGACACUACCUGACGAACCCUAAUCCACGCACGCACACACGCACGCACGGCACGUACACAUGCACACAUGCAAUCGCAAUCACACACACACACACACACACACACACACACACACACACACACACACACACACACACACACACACUCAGAUACACUCUCAUAUGCUCACAUGAGAUGCAGCCAUACAGAGAGGUGGAACAGCAGGCAAGGGAAAAGUAAAAAUACACACAAUACCAAGACAUAUACACACUUAGGUAUGCCAACAAACACACACCUACACGUGUGUGUCCAUGCGUGCAUGUGCGUGUGUGCGGGUGGGUGUGUGCCUGCAUGCAUGUAUGCAUGCGUGUCUGUGUCUGUAUGUGUGUGUGUGUGUGUGUGUGUGUGUGUGUGUGUGUGUGUGGGUGGGAUCAGAACCCUGAAUGGUAAAAGGUAUUUCAGACCAGUGGAGGAGAGGGGAUCACAGAGAAUCGGAGGAAGAGGAUUUUACAAUCAUGAAGAUAUGCUGAAGAAAAUAACAAGUUGAAAUGAGGAUUCAAGACACUGGGUAUAAUGUUUUCAAUGAAGGAAAAAUACUUUUCUUUCCUUAAUAUUUCCUUAAUGAUAUAAAUAGCCCAAACACAAGGCCUAAUUUAAGCACAGAAACAAGUGCCAAUCAGAACUAUUGUGUGAAUGGCAUUUGUUGUCGUUGUUGCUUGUUUAUUUAUUUUUAUAUUGCCAAUCCUAUAUAGAAGCUCUUCAUAUCAAACGUAUAACCUUUCACAACCUCUCACAACACCUCAUUCUAGCCUCAGGUGAACACCUACUCCUGCUCAAGGUCUACUCUAUGUUUACAGUAACUGAUAGACUUCACUUUCUUUAUUUUCCUUUGGUUCAGUACCGAGUACUUACUUAGUACAGCACCAUGAGGGAUUAUUUGCUAUUCUUAGUAAGAGCAACAAUUUCACUAUGAUAGGAACACGGACCUGAUUAAUUUCACUAUGAUAGGAACACGGACUUAAAACUAUAUACACAUGUCUUUUGUGAUCCCACUUUUUGAUGUCCAAAAUGUUGUAACGUUAAAUAGUUUGUUUUUUUUAUGUUAAAAUAUAGACAAUGUUUUAUUUGUUUUUGCUUUAUUGUAUUCUUAUGCCACAUAGACAUGUAAAGCUGAGGUUUUGUUUGAAUCAAAAAGCCUUCUUUUAAUUUCCUUUUUUUGUAAACCAAAAAACAUAGUUUACAUUUUGUCAUACUUUGGAGCCCUGACAGUUAAAUCGAUUUAUCCAAACAACAAUGUGACUGCUGUCAAUGGUAGAAGGGGUGGGGGGGGGGGCUAACUCCCAAUGCAGCCUAUACUAGUACCAUCUCUAAGGGACUGGUGUAGACCAACAAUGGACUCUAGCAUUAUUUACAGGUACUCACAACCAGAGAAAGGACUUUAUAUUUUGUAUUUUGUACUUUUUAUAUAGAUUGUUAUUUGAAUGCAUGGCACUGAAAUAAAAAAAAAAUGUUGGAUUCAA